AUAAGGACUAUUAUAGGAACAGUUCAUUCUAUUAUAUACUGUGUAUAUAAAACCGUUAGCGUGCAUGUGACUUUGGCCGGAAUUAUACUUAAAUGUGCAAGUGAACGCUGCUUUCUAGCAAUAGUUGUUUAAAAAUGGAGCAUUUUCGCUCCGGUAGCUCUGAUGAGGAGGAUGAGGGAGGAAAAAAGGGUAAAAAGGCUGCUGCUGAAACUGGAUCUGGAGACAAGUUAAAAGAGAUGAUGCCCCCUCCAGAGUUCCUGGCCGAGCGGCAGAUUCUGUGGGACCAGUUAAAGAAGGAGGCUGAUGAACAAUUAGCUGCAAUGCCUUCUGCACCCAUCAAGAUAACAUUGCCUGAUGGAAAAGUGGUGGAUGGUCAGUCUUGGCAGACCACACCAUAUGAGGUCGCAAAGGGCAUCAGUCAAGGCUUGGCCGACAGCUGUGUGGUUGCCAAGGUGAAUGAUGUGCAAUGGGACCUCGACAGGCCAUUCGAGUGUGAUGCCACACUACAGCUCCUCAAGUUUGAUGACCCAGAAGGUGAAUAUGUUUUCCGGCACUCCAGUGCUCACAUAUUGGGAGAAGCAAUGGAGCGACUUUACGGGGGACAUCUUUGUUAUGGUCCCCCUAUAGAGGGAGGCUUCUAUUACGACAUGUGGUCAGGCGACAAGACGGUGUCCAGUGAGGACUACCCUGUGAUGGAUGGGAUGGUGAAGAGCAUCGUGAAGGAGAAGCAGCCCUUUGAACGCCUUGUUAUGACCAAGGAAAACCUUCUGAAGAUGUUUGCUUAUAACAAAUUCAAGCAGAGGAUCUUAAACGAGAAAGUGACCACUCCCACCACCACUGUCUACAAGUGUGGUCCCCUGAUUGACUUGUGUCGAGGUCCCCAUGUCCGACACACGGGCAAAAUCAAGGCUAUGGCUGUGACCAAGAAUUCCUCCACAUACUGGGAAGGUAAGGCUGAUGCUGAGAAUCUGCAGAGAGUGUAUGGUAUUUCUUUCCCCGAUCCCAAACAGCUUAAGGAGUGGAAACACAUCCAGGAGGAGGCCGCAAAACGGGACCAUCGUAAACUUGGGAGGGAACAAGAAUUGUUUUUCUUCCACGAGUGGAGUCCUGGGAGCUGUUUCUUCCUCCCCAAAGGAGCUCAUAUAUACAACACUCUUGUAGACUUCAUAAGGGGUGAAUACAAAAAGAGAGGUUUCCAAGAAGUUGUGUCUCCCAACAUUUUCAACAGCAAGCUCUGGCAACAGUCCGGUCACUGGCAACAUUAUGAUGACAACAUGUUCGUGUGUGACGUUGACAAGGAAAAGUUUGCCCUCAAACCCAUGAACUGUCCUGGCCACUGUUUGAUGUUUGAUGUACGUCCACGUUCCUGGAAAGAGCUGCCAGUGAGAAUGGCCGACUUUGGUGUAUUACACAGAAACGAGAUCAAGGGUGCACUUAGCGGCUUGACCCGUGUCCGAAGGUUCCAGCAGGAUGACGCCCACAUAUUCUGUAGACCAGACCAGAUCAAGGAGGAGAUUGCUGGUUGUCUCGACUUCCUGAGGCAUGCGUAUGGUGUGUUUGGAUUUACCUUCAAACUCAAUCUGUCCACUCGUCCUGAGAAAUUUUUGGGAGAUAUUUCCAUUUGGAAUGAGGCAGAGAAGCAACUUGAGGAAUGUUUGAAUGAAUUCGGAGAAGGAUGGGUGCUGAAUCCCGCGGACGGUGCCUUCUAUGGACCAAAGAUUGAUAUUACAAUCAUGGAUGCACUGAAGCGUGCUCACCAGACUGCCACGAUACAGCUGGACUUUCAACUACCUCUCCGCUUCAACCUUUCUUAUGUCACCGGUGAGGACGCUGCAGAAAAGAAGCGGCCAGUGAUAAUCCACAGAGCUGUCCUUGGCUCUGUGGAGAGGAUGAUCGCCAUCUUGUGUGAGAAUUAUAGUGGCAAGUGGCCUUUCUGGCUGUCUCCACGCCAAGCUGUUGUGAUUCCAGUGGCAGCCACGUACAAUGACUACGCCAAUGAGGUGAAGAAGCAAAUCCAUGAUGCUGGCUUCAUGUGUGAUGUUGAUGUUGACGAGGGUACCACGCUCAAUAAGAAGGUCCGCAAUUGUCAGCUGGCUCAGUACAACUUCAUCCUAGUGGUUGGAGAGAAGGAAGUGACCAAUAAAACGGCCAACGUACGGACCCGAGACAAUAAGGUUCACGGAGAAAAUACCAUUGACAACAUUGUCACGCGUUUCCUCGCGCUGAAAGAAUCGAAGUGUCUUGACGCAGAGGAGAAGUUCUAAACCAUUAACAUUCUUUGUGAAGUAGGAUGAUUUUAAUUUAUUUGUGACUUCAUAGGCUUCAAGUUCUCUGCUGGUAUUGUGUGCAGGUCAUUGACAAGUGGACAAUCGUUAAGACAAUUAACACUAUAAAGGGUGUUAAGAAUUCUGGGCUUCAGUGAUAUAUAAUUACCUUAUGAUCUGCUUCAUUUGUGAAAUUUAUCUUCACAUUUUGAUUCAAAACACAACACUUUCAUUAUAUUUCCUGUAAUGUCUUCGAUAGCAAAAAAGCGUAUAUUAAGUUCAUAUAGAAGAAUGAAACUGUUUGGUAGUAGCAUAGUGGGGUUGUGAUUGGUGCAGGAUGUAUAAGUGCUGGAUAGGUAAGUCAUUUUCUUGAAGGUUUUAAUUAAGACCUAAGUGUUUUAUUAAGACUUUUAUUUAGUGUUAUGUAGUGUCGUAGUGUUAACUGACAGCUAUAGUUAUAACAUUUCCUAAUUUCUGUUUACCGACACCUGAGGACAGGUGUGGUUGUUAAGGCACUAAAACAAGCAAUGUGGGAAUAAACAAUCAUUUGUGUGGGGCCAUGAUAAUAAGUUCUAGCAGUCCGAUGGGUUUUUUUCAGUCUUGUGUAUCUUAAGAUAAUGCCUACAACUUACAGAUUGCUGUAAAUAGUUUACUGUUAAUUUUUUUUAUAAUACUUACAUGGAAAGGUAUAUGAGAUAUGUACAACAAUGCUGUUAAAAAGUACAAUGUUGGUUAAUAGUUGUUAUUGUACUGUCACUUCACAGAUAAAGUUGUACUGUUACUGUGAAAUAUAAGAUAGAUUUAAGCACAAUGUUCACUCACCAGAAUUUUUCCAAGAUGAAAUCACAAUGUUCAUUCACCAGAAUUUUGCCAAGAUGAAAUGUUUGCUGGCAAUCAAUGGACUGGCAAUGGGUACAGCACAUGUGAUUAUAGCUACUAAAUUAAUGCAAUAAUGAUAAGUACAUCCAGUGCAAUUUUGAAAGCAAAAAUCCUGAUCCUGAUCAAGAUUGAACACAUUGAAUAUGAGGUAUGCUUGUAUGCAGGCUGUACUUACUGUCAAACUUUUCAUUUGAUUAAAAUAUAAAGAACAAAACAUUGUA